UGGAUGUAUUAAAUUGUUUCUUGGGACUUGUGACGUCACGUUUAUGUUGGGAUUUGUAUGCGUGGGAAUGUCUUGAUUUGAUUGGUCAAUUGCGGACGCUGCCUUGUGUGGCGUUCGAUGCAGUCAUUUCAUUCUGGCAAUCAACCAUGUUGGCGCGCGUGCUCAAGCAAUCUUCCACACCCUUCCGCGGCAUGGCUGCCCGCCGCUCCAUGGCCACCGUCGCGGACGAGAUGACUGUCCGUGACGCCUUGAACACGGCCAUGGAUGAGGAACUCGCGCGCGACGAGUCCGUGUUCAUCAUGGGCGAAGAAGUCGCAAAGUACAACGGCGCGUACAAGGUCACCAAGGGUUUGUGGGAAAAGUACGGCGACAAGCGCCUGUGGGACACGCCGAUCACAGAAGCCGGCUUCACCGGUCUGUGCGUUGGCGCCGCCUACCACGGCACGAAGCCGAUCGUCGAGUUCAUGACGUUCAACUUUGCCAUGCAAGCCAUCGAUCAGAUCAUCAACUCGGCCGCCAAGCAGUUCUACAUGAGUAACGGCGACAUCGCCGUGCCCAUUGUGUUCCGAGGCUCUAAUGGCGCCGCAUCCGCCGUCGCCGCCCAGCACUCGCAAUGCUUUGCCGCGUGGUACGGCUCGGUGCCCGGGUUGAAGGUGGUGAUCCCGUAUGACUCGGAAGACGCGCGCGGUCUGCUCAAGGCCGCGGUGCGCGACCCCAACCCCGUGGUUGUGCUCGAGAACGAACUGUUGUACGGCACGUCCUUUCCCGUGUCCAAGGAAGCGCAGGACAAGGACUUCCUCAUCCCGAUCGGCAAGGCCAAGAUCAUGAAGGCCGGCGCGGACGUGACCAUCGUCACGUUCUCGCGCAUGGUGGGAGUGUCGCUCGAAGCUGCCGCGGUCCUCGCCAAGGAAGGCAUUGACGUUGAAGUGAUCAACCUCCGCUCGAUCCGUCCUUUGGACCGCGACACGAUCAUCGCGUCCGCCAAGAAGACGUCGCGCGUGGUGACCGUCGAAGAAGGCUGGGGCCAACACGGCAUCGGCGCCGAAAUCGCCGCCAUCCUCAUGGAGACCGACGCGUUCGACUACUUGGACGCUCCCAUGGAGCGCGUGACUGGAACGGACAUCCCCAUGCCGUACGCCGAGAACCUCGAGCGACUGGCGGUGCCCCAGAUCGAAGACAUCGUCGCCGCCGUCAAGCGAGCUACCGCCCGAACUUUGUAAUUAGAAGACACAUACACUCUGGUGAAUGUACAACACCA